CAGCGUGCGCCCCGUGCGGGUGCCUGUGCCGCCGCCCUCCAGCCCCGCCGGCAGCCGCCCCCGCUUCGCCCCGCACCAUGAUUGCCGCCGCUUUCCUUGUCUUGCUGAGACCCUACAGCAUCCAAUGUGCCCUUUUCCUCUUGUUGCUUCUGCUGGGCACCAUCGCCACCAUCAUCUUCUUCUGCUGCUGGCACCGCAGGCUACAGAAGGGGAGGCAUCCAAUGAAAUCGGUCUUUUCGGGUCGUUCAAGGAGCCGAGAUGCUGUUUUGAGAUCACACCACUUUCGUUCCGAGGGAUUCCGAGCCAGCCCUCGGCACCUUAGGAGACGGGCCGCAGCGGCUGCAGCUGCCCGGCUAGAAGAAGCCAAGCCUGCCGUGGAGGUUCACCACCAGAGCGAGCAGGAGAUCUCAGUGAGGAAACGAAGAAUCAAGAAAAGCAGCCGCGUGCAGCCAGAAUUCUACCACUCCGUCCAAGGCGCUUCCACCAGAAGACCUAGUUCCGGGAACGCGUCCUACCGCUGCUCGAUGUCUUCCUCUGCGGAUUUUUCCGAUGAAGAUGAUUUCAGCCAGAAAUCUGGCUCUGCAUCUCCAGCUCCUGGAGAUACCUUACCCUGGAAUUUGCCUAAACAUGAAAGAUCGAAAAGAAAGAUUCACGGGGGCUCGGUGCUGGACCCUGCGGAGAGAGCAGUGCUUAGGAUAGCAGAUGAACGGGACAAAGUUCAGAAGAAAACAUUCACAAAAUGGAUAAAUCAGCAUCUCAUGAAGGUUCGAAAACACGUGAAUGAUCUCUAUGAAGACUUGAGGGAUGGACACAAUUUGAUCUCUCUUUUAGAGGUUCUUUCAGGAGACACCUUGCCAAGGGAACGAGAUUUUUUGAAGACCUUACGAUUGGUGAGUGCCACAGAAGCAUGCGAAUAUGAACAGCAUGAGGAUGUGGAGGAUGAGGAUAAGGGGCCCAGAGAGAAAGGUCGGAUGCGUUUUCACAGACUACAGAAUGUACAAAUUGCACUUGACUAUUUGAAAAGACGCCAGGUGAAAUUAGUGAACAUUAGAAAUGAUGACAUAACAGAUGGAAAUCCCAAAUUGACUUUGGGAUUAAUAUGGACAAUAAUUUUGCACUUUCAGAUAUCUGAUAUCCAUGUUACUGGUGAGUCAGAAGACAUGUCUGCAAAAGAGAGAUUGUUACUGUGGACACAGCAGGCCACAGAGGGUUAUGUGGGGAUUCGGUGUGAAAAUUUCACCACCUGCUGGAGAGAUGGAAAACUAUUUAAUGCCAUCAUUCAUAAAUACAGGCCGGACCUGAUAGACAUGAAUACUGUUGCUGUUCAAAGCAACCUUGCAAAUUUAGAGCACGCUUUCUAUGUAGCAGAAAAAAUCGGUGUUAUAAGACUUCUGGAUCCUGAAGAUGUUGAUGUCUCCUCACCUGAUGAAAAAUCAGUAAUAACUUAUGUAUCAUCUCUCUAUGAUGCAUUUCCCAAAGUCCCUGAAGGUGGUGAAGGCAUUGGUGCAAACGAUGUUGAAGUCAAAUGGAUUGAAUACCAGAAUAUGGUCAACUACCUCAUCCAGUGGAUCAGACACCAUGUGACCACUAUGUCCGAGAGAACAUUUCCUAAUAAUCCUGUAGAACUCAAGGCACUUUAUAAUCAGUAUUUACAGUUUAAAGAAACAGAAAUUCCACCAAAGGAGACAGAAAAAUCAAAAAUUAAACGCCUGUAUAAAUUAUUAGAGAUUUGGAUAGAAUUUGGACGCAUCAAACUCCUUCAAGGUUAUCAUCCCAAUGACAUAGAAAAGGAGUGGGGAAAACUCAUCAUUGCCAUGCUCGAGAGGGAGAAAGCUCUUCGUCCUGAAGUGGAAAGAUUGGACAUGUUGCAGCAGAUUGCCAGCCGAGUUCAGAGGGGCAGUGUCAUUUGUGAAGACAAACUGAUGCUUGCCCGAAACGCUCUCCAGUCUGAUUCUAAAAGAUUAGAAUCCGGGGUGCAGUUUCAGAAUGAAGCAGAAAUUGCCGGGUAUGUCCUUGAAUGUGAGAACCUUUUACGCCAGCAUGUAAUUGAUGUACAGAUUCUUAUUGAUGGAAAAUACUACCAGGCAGACCAGUUGGUACAGAGGGUUGCAAAACUGCGCGAUGACAUCCUGGCCUUAAGGAAUGAAUGUUCCUCAGUGUACAGCAAAGGCCGUGUGCUGACAGCAGAGCAGACGAAGCUCAUGAUAUCAGGAAUCACUCAGAGUUUAAACUCAGGGUUUGCACAGACCUUAAACGCCAGUCUGAACUCAGGGCUGACCCAGGGUCUAACGCCUUCCCUGACCCCAUCCAGUGUGACCUCAGGCCUGUCGUCAGGGCUGACUUCCCGCCUGACCCCAUCUGUCACUCCUGCGUAUACACCUGGCUUCCCAUCAGGAGUAGUUCCAAAUUUCAGCUCAGGAGUGGAGACAAAUUCCCUGCAAACUCUCAAGCUGAUGCAGAUCCGAAAGCCCCUUCUCAAGUCCUCUCUACUGGAUCAGAAUUUAACAGAAGAGGAAAUCAACAUGAAAUUUGUUCAGGAUCUUUUGAAUUGGGUUGAUGAGAUGCAGGUGCAGCUGGACCGCACUGAAUGGGGAUCAGAUUUGCCAAGUGUUGAAAGCCAUUUAGAAAAUCAUAAAAAUGUUCACCAAGCUAUUGAAGAAUUUGAAUCUAGCCUCAAAGAAGCUAAGAUAAGUGAGAUCCAGAUGACGGCACCUCUUAAACUAACUUAUGCAGAAAAGUUGCACAGAUUAGAAAAUCAGUAUGCAAAACUCUUGAACACAUCCAGGAAUCAGGAACAGCACCUUGAUACACUCCACAAUUUUGUAACUCGUGCAACUAAUGAGCUUAUUUGGUUGAAUGAAAAAGAAGAGGAGGAAGUUGCUUAUGACUGGAGUGAAAGAAAUACCAACAUAGCCCGGAAAAAAGAUUACCAUGCUGAAUUAAUGAGAGAACUUGAUCAAAAGGAAGAAAAUAUUAAAUCCGUUCAGGAGAUAGCAGAGCAGCUGCUUCUGGAAAAUCACCCAGCCCGAUUAACCAUUGAGGCCUACCGAGCGGCAAUGCAGACGCAGUGGAGCUGGAUCCUGCAGCUCUGCCAGUGCGUAGAGAAGCACAUAAAGGAGAACAGCGCUUAUUUCGAGUUUUUCAAUGAUGCCAAAGAAGCCACGGAUUACUUGAGGAAUCUAAAAGACGCCAUUCAGCGGAAGUACGGCUGUGACAGGUCCAGCAGCAUUCACAAGCUGGAGGACCUCGUUCAGGAAUCAAUGGAAGAGAAAGAAGAGCUUUUGCAGUAUAAAAGCACCGUCGCAAGCCUGAUGGGGAGAGCAAAAACAAUCAUUCAGCUGAAGCCAAGAAAUCCUGACUGUCCACUCAAAACUUCUAUUCCGAUCAAAGCCAUCUGUGACUACAGACAAAUUGAGAUAACCAUUUUCAAAGAUGAUGAAUGUAUUUUGGCAAACAACUCUCAUCGUGCUAAGUGGAAGGUCAUCAGCCCCACUGGGAACGAAGCCAUGGUCCCGUCUGUGUGCUUCAGUGUCCCUCCUCCAAAUAAAGAGGCAGUCGACUUUGCAAACAGAAUCGAGCAGCAGUAUCAGAACGUCCUGACCCUUUGGCAUGAGUCUCACAUAAACAUGAAGAGUGUGGUCUCCUGGCACUAUCUCAUCAAUGAAAUUGACAGAAUCCGAGCAAGCAGUGUGGCUUCAAUAAAGACAAUGUUACCUGGUGAACAUCAACAAGUUCUGAGUAAUCUACAGUCUCGUUUUGAAGAUUUUCUCGAAGAUAGCCAGGAAUCCCAAAUAUUUUCAGGUUCAGAUAUAACACAACUGGAAAAGGAGGUUAAUGUGUGUAAGCAGUAUUAUCAAGAACUUCUUAAAUCUGCAGAAAGAGAGGAGCAAGAGGAAUCAGCUUAUAAUCUCUACAUCUCUGAAGUCCGAAACCUCAGGCUUCGGCUUGAGAGCUGUGAAGACCGUCUCAUCAGACAGAUCCGCACCCCCCUGGAGAGAGACGACCUUCACGAAAGCGUGUUCAGGAUCUCAGAGCAGGAGAAACUAAAGAAAGAGCUGGAGCGACUUAAAGGCGAUUUGGCCACAAUCACGAGUAAAUGCGACGACUUUUUCAGUCAAGCAGCCGCCUCUUCCACGGCUCCCACCCUCCGAUCCGAGCUCAGCGUGGUCGUCCAGAGCAUGAACCACGUCUAUUCCAUGUCCUCCACCUACAUAGAGAAGUUGAAAAUUGUCAACUUGGUGUUAAAAAACACUCAUGCUGCAGAAGCCCUUGUAAAAUUCUAUGAAACUAAACUGUGUGAAGAGGAAGCAGUUACAACUGACAAGAAUAACAUUGAGAAUCUAAUGAGUACUUUAAAGCAAUGGAGAUCUGAAGUGGAUGAAAAGAGAGAGGUCUUCCAUGCACUGGAGGAUGAGCUACAGAGAGCAAAGACCAUCAGUGAUGAGAUGUUUAAAACCUACAAAGAGCGUGACCUUGACUUUGACUGGCACAAAGAAAAAGCAGAUCAGUUGGUUGAGAGGUGGCAGAAUGUUCAUGCUCAGAUUGACAACAGGUUACGGGACUUGGAAGGCAUUGGGAAGUCGCUGAAGUACUACAGAGAUACUUAUCACCCUUUAGAUGACUGGAUCCAGCAAGUUGAAACUACUCAGAGAAAGAUUCAGGAAAACCAGCCUGAAAACAGUAAAACUCUAGCCACACAAUUGAAUCAACAGAAGAUGCUGGUGUCUGAAAUAGAAAUGAAACAGAGCAAAAUGGAUGAGUGUCAGAAAUACGCAGAACAGUACUCCACUGCAGUGAAGGACUACGAAUUACAAACGAUGACCUACCGGGCUAUGGUGGAUUCACAACAAAAGUCUCCAGUGAAACGCCGGAGAAUGCAGAGCUCGGCAGACCUCGUCAUUCAAGAGUUCAUGGACCUGAGGACCCGGUAUACGGCUCUGGUCACCCUCAUGACACAAUAUAUUAAAUUUGCUGGGGACUCAUUGAAGCGUCUGGAGGAGGAGGAGAUGAAAAGCCGUCAGGAGGCUUCUGAGCACGGAGUGUACUCAGCUCUGCUCCAGCGGCAGGAGGUGACAAUGCUGGAGAAUCGCAAGCUCACGGGGAAGAUAACAGAGCUGGAGAGGAUGCUGGCUGAGCUUGAGAAGCAGAAGUCCCAGGUUGAGGAGGAGCUUCCAAAGGUCAGGGAGGCAGCGGAGAACGAGCUGAGGAAGCAGCAGAGAGAGGCAGCAGACAUCACCCUGCAGAAGAUGCGGGCGGAGGGCGAGGCCCAGAGGUACCGCCGGGAGCUGGAGGCCGUCGAGGGGGAGAAGGAGGCGGCGCGGCGCGAGCUGGAGCGCGUGAGGAGGCUCACGGCCGAGGCCGAGGCCCAGAGGGAGGCCGUGGAGAGGAACCUGCGUGGCUUCCGGAAACAGCUGGAGGAGCACGUCGCCACCAGGAGAGCCCUGGAGAACCACCUGAAGAGGAAAGACUCCAGCCUCCACGAGGUGGAGCAACAGAAAGAUAAGCUGAUGGAGGAACUAAGGAGAAAGAAGGACCACGAGGAGGAGCUCCUGAAGCUGGUCGAGCAGAUGGAGAAAGACCUCACGUUCCAGGAACAGGUGGUGGAGAGACAGCUGAUGGAAAAGCAGAAAACUGAAUCGGAAGCCAGAAGAAAAAUAACCGAGAGGCAGCAUUCGCACAAAGAAGACACACUGCCAGCUUGUACGAGCACCCAGGCUGAGGAACUGAAGCAGCAGGGGGAUGAGCUGACAGUGGACAAGAGAAAGGCUGAGAAGGACAGGAGGGAGCUGAAGUAUGAGCUCAGUGCCCUGCAGCUCAAGAAAACCUCAUCGGAGGAAAAGGCUCGCUUGCUCAAAGAAAAACUGGGUGAAACCAGCAAUGCACUGAGAUGCCUCAAGCUGGAGUUGGAAAGGAAGGACCAGGCGGAGGAGGGGUUCUCUCGGCAGCUCCGGGAGCUGGGCAGGCGGCUGAGCCAGACCACAGGGAAGGCAGAAGAGGUCAGGCAGGAGGCCGAUGACCUUAAGAGGAUAAAGCACAGCUGUGAGCUAGAACUGGAAUCUCUGCAGCAGGAGAAAGGGAAGCUGCAGAGGGAGGUGGAUCGGAUCACCAGGACACAGGCUGUCAGCAAGAGGAGCGUCCAGCAUUUAAAUUCACAGGGUACUUCUUUGCAGGAUGACAAGGACUUCUCUGGCGAAAGAGCACGAUCCUGCCAGAGAAAGUCAGAUCACCUGAAAGAACAAUUUGAGAAAAGCCACGCACAGUUGCUUCAAAAUAUUCAAGCCGAAAAGGAAAAUAACGAGAAAAUCCAAAAGCUUAAAGAGGAAUUGGAGAGAAGUAAUGACCGUGCAGACAUACUAAAGCACAAAGUGGACGAGCUCACCAGGCAGAACAACGAAACCAAGUUAAUGAUGGAGAGAAUUCAGGCAGAAUCAGCAAACGUGGUCUUAGAGAAACAAGCCAUCCAGCAACGAUGUGAAGCACUGAAAAUCCAGGCGGAUGGUUUUAAAGACCAGCUUUGUGCCACAAACAAACACUUGCACCAACAGACGACAAUGGAACAGGAUUUCCAGAGGAGAAUCAAAUGCCUGGAAGAAGACCUGGCCCAAAGUCAACAUUUAGUAAGUGAUUUUAAGCAGAAGUGUGACCAGCAGGACCUCAUCAUCCAGAACACGGAGAAGGAGGUGCAAAGUCUGAGUGCCGAGCUAAGUGCAUCCAAAGAGGAGAAACGCCUUGGGGAGCAGACGGUGCAGAUGCAGUGGGCACAGGUGCAGGACCUGAACGACAGAUUGAAAAAGGUGCAAGACGAACUGCACUUGAAGAUCCUAGAGGAGCAGGUGACCCACAGGAAGAUGGUUCUGUUUCAGGAGGAAUCUGAGAAAUUCAAACGUUCUGCAGAGGCGUUUCGGAAAAAGAUGGAAAAAUUGAUGGACUCCAGAGUUAUCACAGAACAUGAUAUUUCGGGCAUCCAGCUCGACUUUGUGUCUCUCCGGCGGGAAAACUGCAGGGCGCGAGAGAACGCGAGGCUCUGUGAAACAAAUAUCCGAGAACUUGAGAGGCAGCUCCAGCAAUAUCGUGAGCAGAUGCAUCGAGGGCAGGAUGGGGAGGCACAUCACUACCAGAAAUGUCGGAAGCUCACAGAUGAGCUGGUCGCCCAGAAACGGGAGGUGGAAAACCUGAAGCAAAAGAUGGAUCAGCAGAUAAAAGAACAGGAGCAUCAGUUAGUGGUGCUCCAGUGUGAAAUCCAGAAAAAGAACCCAGCCUUCAAGCCACAUCUUGAGAUGGCAGUGAAGGAGUAUCAGCGCCCAGUGGACUUCUCCUCCUCUGCCCCCGUGGCCGGGUCCCCUCUACAGAGGUGGACUCAGGAACCACAGCCUUCGAAGGAAAGAUGGCAACAUCCGGGUGCUGAACAGAUGCAGAAAGAGGGCCAGGGCGGGCCGUCAGGGUCUCCGGUUGAGAAAGAGAAAAGUCAGCAGUGUCACUCUGAAUACUUUUCUCAAACCAGCACCGAAUUACAUAUAACUUUUGAUGAGAUGAACCCUGUUGCAAGACCGUCAGAAAUCGAGAAGCUAAGAAAUCAAGGUCUGUACAAUUCCAGACCCGCUGUCAGGUGUCAAGAUGACAAGUGUGAAAUAGACCUGGUGACGCUUCUGGCGCCCUUAGAGAAGUCACUGGAAGAAGAAAAGAAAGAGCAUGUUGAAAAAGCCAAAGAAUUACAAAAAUGGGUAUCAAAUAUCAGCAAGACAUUGAAAGAUGGAGAGAAGGCUGAAAAGUCUUCCUUCUUUAAGCAAAAGAUUUCCAGUGAGGAAAUAUCAGUCAAGAAGGAACAAUUAUCUGAAGCACUGCAAACUAUGCAGCUCUUCCUGGCUAAACAUGGAGACAAAAUGACAGACGAAGAAAGAAAUGAAUUGGAAAAACAAGUGAAAACUCUCCAAGAAAGUUAUAAUUUAUUCUUUAGUGAAUCUCUGAAACAACUACAACAAUCACAAACCUUAGGAGAUAUAAAGGGAGAGGAGAAGCUGGAUAAAGUCAUCGCAGGCACCAUUGAUCAGGGCACGGGAGAAGUCCUUUCUGUCUUUCAGGCCGUGUUAAGAGGCCUGAUUGAUUAUGACACGGGGAUCCGAUUGCUUGAGACCCAGCUCAUGAUUUCUGGGCUUGUUUCACCAGAAUUAAGAUCGUGCUUUGACCUCAAAGAUGCCCAAAAUCAUGGCCUUAUUGAUGAGCAAGUUCUUAGCCAACUCCAAGAACUCAGUGAAACGAAGGAGAUUAUUUCUGCUGUGUCGUCCACCACAGUUCCAGUGCUGGAUGCUCUGGCUGAAGGUGUGAUCUCAGAACCCAUGGCCAUCAGAGUUCUCGAGAUCCUGCUUUCCACGGGCUCUCUCGUUAUUCCGGCGACAGGAGAACAGCUGACGCUGCAGAAGGCUUUCCAGCAGCACCUGGUUUCCUCUGCCUUAUUUUCUAAAAUCCUGGAACGGCAGAAUCUGUGUAAAGAUCUUAUCGACCCCUCCACCUCUGAGAAGGUGUCUUUAAUAGAUAUCAUGCAAAGAAGUAUUUUGCAGGAAAACACAGGGGUGCGGCUUCUGCCCGUGAAGCCACAAGAAGGAGGCAGGAUAACAUUAAAAUGUGGGAGAAACUUAAGCAUUUUAAGGGCAGCUCACGAAGGCCUCAUAGACCGUGAGACCAUGUUCAGGUUACUGGGUGCGCAGCUGCUUUCAGGAGGUCUGAUCCAUUCCAAGUCUGGUCAGAGACUGACUGUAGAAGAAGCCGUGGCAGAGGGGGUGAUGGACAGAGACACUGCCAACAGUAUCUUCACCUACCAGGUGGAAACAGGCGGAAUCAUCCACUGCAACCCUGCCAAGCGUUUAACUGUCGAUGAGGCAGUCCAGUGUGAUCUGAUGACGUCCAGCAGUGCCCUUCUGAUCCUCGAGGCUCAGCGAGGCUACGUGGGCCUCAUCUGGCCUCACUCUGGGGAGAUAUUUCCUACAUCUUCUUCCCUGCAGCAGGAGUUGAUUACCAAUGAAUUGGCAUCUAAGAUCCUGAACGGCAGGCAGAAAAUCGCUGCUCUUUACAUUCCAGAAACAUCUCAAGUCAUUGGUUUGGAUGUUGCCACGCAACUUGGAAUCAUAGAUAAUCACACAGCGUCGAUUUUAAAAAGUAUAACGCUGCCCGAUAAAAUGCCAGAUUUGGGAGAUUUCGAAGCUUGUAAAAAUUCCAGAAGAUGGCUCUCUUUUUGUAAAUUCCAGCCAUCCAUGGUCCAUGAUUACAGGCAAGAAGAAGAUGUUUCUGAUGGAGAAGAGCCAGUGGUGACUCAGAGCUCAGAACAAACUAAAAAAUUAUUCCUGUCUUAUUUGAUGAUAAAUAGCUAUAUGGAUGCAAACACAGGGCAGAGGCUUUUGCUGUACGAUGGAGACUUGAAUGACGCUGUCGGGAUGCUCCUGGAAGGCUGUGGUGCAGAAAUUGAUGAGAACACACCUGUAAAAGAACGUCUUGAUGUCAUAAGACUCCCUGGCGUAUUUCUGAAUAAUGCUGCAAGUAAAGAAACGAGGGCAAGUACAGCUACACCAAGUAGUUUUGAUAAAUGUCAUUGCAGAGAACCUAAACGUAAGGGAACCUCUGAAAAUGCCAUAGAUGAAGAGUUUCAGGAACUGGAAACUAAUGUUACCAGGGGUGAAUUUUGCCAGUCAGAAAACGUGGCAGAUAUACUAGCAGCUGAUUAUAAAGUUAAGAAUUCAUCCAGCCUGUGUGUUCCUAGUUUGAUAUCACAUUUAACAGAGCCUGGACUUGCUGAAGUUAGCCUGCUCAGACAGGACUCUGAAAACAGACUUGAAAACGGUGAAAGUCAAAGCCAAAUAGAAACAAAGGAACCUACAGAUGAAUGUAAUCAUUCUAGAAACCUUCAAAACUUUGCAAGUGAUUUGAUAAGUCCUAUAGUAAAAUCAAAAACUAAUAGAAUCUGUGACUUGAAUGAAACGGUGAAUGAAGAUAAUAUUAGCAGGGAUUCAGCUCUCUUUGACUAUUCCCCCAGGCUGAGUGCCUUGUUAAGUCAUGAUAAACUGAGGACCGGUCAGGGAAGUUUUCAUGAUGUACACACUGCAGAGAACAAUGGAAAUAAAUGUGAAGCCUCUACAUUGCCAUUCAAUGACCAAACCACGUUAUCGGGUCAAAGAAUAAGAGAAAAAUUUCAAGACCAGUUUCUGGGAAUUGCAGCUAUCAACAUCAGUUUACAGGGAGAACACGCUGUACAAAAAUCUUUCAGUGUUGGUUAUAGUAAUCCUCAGGUACAAGAUCAGAAUGAUGAGAAAAUGCUUGCUGCUUCUAAUCAGGAACCCGAAGACGAGCAAAGUGAGUCCACGGUGGAAGGGUCCUCCUGUGCCCCGCCCCUGAGGGGCGGUAGUCAUCACAUCAGCAUGGCUCACAUGCAUACCCCAUCAUUUGAAGAAACUGCCAGCGCCAGUGCUGGUGACUAUGAAACGUCACUGCUGGGUGAUCAGCAGAGCGACACAGAAACAGAUACAGACAGCGAUGCUGACUUUUACGACACGCCCUUGUUUGAAGAUGAUUCCCUGCUUCUAGAAGGUGAUGACCGUGAUUGUCCGCAGCCCGGGGACGAUGACACGCUGCCAGAGGAAGACGACUGGACCGCUCCUCCUGGAGAGGCUUUUAAUGAUGUUUCUAAAGAGGAUGAAUAUUCUUUGGGGACCCAAGGGGGACUGGUUGGUAGCUUAGGUGUGAGGGGAGAAGCACAGUCUCUGCAGGAUUUUCUCAUAGUUGCUGAGAAAGCAGAAUUCAAUUCUGGUGAAAGAAUCCAUUUAAAUUCACUUGCCUCCUAUGAAGUGAAUGGACGGUCGAUGGAAAUCGUAUCAGAAAGGGACAGCACAGAUGACCUUGAAGGUGGUGAGUCUGACUCAUUGACUGACCGUGAAAUUGUAGGAAGAAAAGAGAGCUUCAGGACUCCACUAAAUUCUGAAGAUGUUGGGUGUUGGAGAGGAAGAGGAGAGUACGUAACUGGACAAGAAUUUAAAUCUGAUCCUGAUCAUUUAGAUUCUGUGCAAAAUGAAGAAAGUUAUGGGGACUCUGAGCGUGACAGUCACGAUCAGGACGAUGAUGAUGACAAUGGUGGUGGUGACGCCAGAGAAGAAGGAGCAGGAGGUAAGGAUGGAAAGCCCGCGUGCCAGGACGAGGCUGAGGAUGUGGAUGUCCCCGCGUGUGUCACCACUGCACCCAAACCGGGAAACAGCCAUGCAAGUCAAAGUAGCAAUAAAACGAUUCUCCUGGAUCAAAAGCACCAUCAUAGUUCUUUGGAAAAACAGCAAAGGGUAAAUGUUUUGCAGCCAGAAUCAAGUAGUAAAAGUAGCUUGGUUCCUGAAAGAAGUAACCUUCCAGAAUAUACAACUGAGGUCGUUCGAGAAAGCAAAGAUCUGUUGAAUCAUGAGAUGGUCCUUAAGGAUAAAUUGCUCUCUGUCAUGAAAGACACUGAAUCGGAAAACACUUUAAGCCCUGUUGGUGUUUUACAUAAUACUAGUGCCAGUUCAACUUCUCAACUAGUGGUUGAUCUAAAGAACACAGGGGUUAAGUUGAUUCAAGGGCCAGAAUCUAUGGACUCUGUGAAAGGUGGAAAUCCAUAUUAUGAGAACGUGACACUUCAGGGUGACUCAUCUUCUGAUAGAGACGUUUGUUCUGAGCCCAGUUCAGUAGUAAAACCUGCGGAGGAAAGCCAUUUGCCAUCCAGAGUCUCUGUAAGUGACAAAGAUCCUCAAGGCAAUGGAAAAGAUCUAAUUAAAAGGAGAGCUGACAAAAACAAUAUACUAAUAGAAGAUGAAACAUUGAUUCGUAAAAUGUGUACAGGUAAAGGAGAAGUGCUUGUAGAUGGUCCUGUAGAAGAUAAUAAAUGUCUCAGACUUUUGCCCAGUAAAAGUACAAGGGAGAGUCUUGAUUUAGUUAAUAGUCCAUUUCCAUUCCCACAAAUCACACACAGUGAAGAACAUAAUCAGGAAGGAAGCCUUAAAAAAGCAACAGUAGCUCUUAAAGAUGAGCCAAAGAAUCUGCCAACAAUAGUUAGCAAAAGUCCCGUUCAAUUUGAGAAUCAUGAAGAAAUAUUCAGUUCUUCAGUCUCCCAAGUGAUCACUGAUGACAUGACUUCAGACAUGAAGUCUGAAAGGAAUACAAGGAUUGAGAAAGAUUCAUUCACCGAUGCACCUGAAAAAGAGCUCGAUCUGUUUACUUAUUUAAAACAUUGUGCUAAAAAUGUGAAAGCAAAAGACAUACUGAAGCCAAAUGAAGAUACCCCAAGCUGUAUUCUAGUAGCUUCCCCUCCCAGGAAUGAGCACGUGCAAUUAGGAGUUAAUAAUGCAAAAGAGAAGGCAGCUCUUGCCCAAGAAGACUUACCUCCAAAGGAGAUGGUCCAACAGAAGGAUCUUCCUCCUAAAGAAAGUGUCUCAAAAGGAGCAUCAGAAAUUUCUGAGUUCACACCAGAAAGAGAUGAAAGCACACCUUCAAUCUUCCCUCUUAGAGAUGCAGAAGGCCUUGGGAAACAUACGGAUUUUGUGCAGUCAGAACUCUGUGCAGAUGGAAUAAGAAAUCACUCCAGUAACACUUUAACCACUGACUGCUCAUCCUUAGAAAUUAACAGUGAGAAAGGGGUAAUUCAGCAACAGGCACGAAAAGAACCAGCCUCAUCUCCAGGAGUCCAGGAAAAAGAGGUUCAGAUUCCUGAGUUAUCUCAGGUCUUGAUUGAGGACGUCAAGGACAUCUUAAAAGGUAGAUUGAAAGAAGGUCAUAUGAAUCCUCAAGAGCUUGGAGAACCUUCAGCCUGUGCAGAUACUAACAUUUCAAUUCAAAACUUAAUUAAAAGAGUUAGCUCAUCAUCAUUGGUAAGUGAAGCAUCUGGUGUGUCUGGCGACUCUAAAACCAGUGACUAUGGCAUUUCCCCCAUGAAUAACUCGCCAGAACUAAAAGCAGAGGGCGGAGAGGAUCCGCUCUGUACUGCAAACCUCAAGUCUGAGCUACUCCUCAAUAUACUUAAGCAAAAUCAGUAUAGCCAGAAAAUGACAGGAGCAUUUGAAUUGAUGAAAGAAUUAACUCAGGUGGAGUGUGAUCUAGAGAAAAGAGGUAGGACGUCUGAAGUUCUUCCUCUGCAACUUGAAAAUGUUUUCUGCAAGCUGCUUGCUGAUGGAUAUUCAGAGAAAGGAGGACAGGGUGGAGAAUUGAAUCAAAAAUCAUCUACAGCUUCUGAGAUGAUGGAUGAAAAGCCACACAUUCUUGAUGAUCUUAACAGCAAGAGAGAAAACCCCCAUUCCCUUAAUUUACAAAAUAUGAAAGAAAAUGGACCAGAAAACCCUCCUGUCUGUGCAUCAGCAUUGCCAAGACACGGGAGGCUGGAGGAGCUAUGUGCUGAAUCCCCAAACCGUUUGGAAUGUAUUUCAGGGUCAAAAGACAUGGCUUCUGGAGACGGCUUGACGGAACAAUUUGCCAAUGAGCUACAGCAGUGUUUACAGCACAGAUCAAAGAUGUGCGAGUAUUUGGCUUUGCUUCAAGAUAUGAGGCCUCCCUUAGGUAACCAGGAGGCUCUGGAUAACAAUCUAGAAGCUUUGAAGAACCAACUUAAACAGCUAGAGACAUUUGAAUUGGGAUUGGCUCCAAUUGGUGUGAUUUUAAGAAAAGACAUGACGCUGGCAGAGGAGUUCUUAAAGUCUCUGCCAGGUGACUUCCCCAGGGGACAUCUCGAGGACCUGAGUGUAAGCCUCCAGAGUCUGCAGACGGCCUUCUCUUCCCUCCACGCCUUGUCUUCGGAAAGAAUGAACCACAUCACGCUGGCUAUCGGCUCCGAGAUGUCUAAACUAGCAGUUUCCCAUGAAGAAUUUCUGCACAAACUUCUGUUGUUCUCACGUUGGAUAUCAGAGAAGAGCACAUCUGUGAAUGAUGUGGAGGUCGUGAUGGUUCAAGAUACUGGACAUGUAAAGCAAAGCUUGGAGUUUCUCAAGAAUGUGUUAAAAGACCUCGGACACACCAAAACGCAGCUGGAGACCACUGCCUUUGACGUGCAGUUCUUCAUCUCUGAACACGCACAAGAUCUGUCUCCUGCCCAAAGCAGACAACUGCUGAGGCUCUUAAAUACAACUCAGAAGGGUUUCCUUGACGUGCAGGAAUCAGUAACUACCCAGGUGGAACAUUUAGAGGCUCAGUUACAGCUAGAACAAGAUCUCGAUCGUCAGAAGAUGGUGGAGGAGCGUCAGCAGGAGUACAGAGAGAAACUCCAGGGCAUCUGUGACCUGCUCACCCAAACCGAAAACCGCCUCAUCGGUCACCAGGAAGCCUUCGUGAUUGGAGACGGCACGGCUGAGUUAAAGAAGUACCAGUCCAAGCAGGAGGAAUUACAGAAAGAUAUGCAAGGAAGUGCACAGGCAUUGGCAGAAAUAGUGAAAAACACAGAGAACUUCUUAAAAGAGAGUGGUGAAAAACUGUCACAAGAAGAUAAGGCUCUGAUUGAACAGAAACUUAAUGAAGCUAAGAUAAAAUGUGAACAGCUUAAUUUAAAGGCAGAACAGUCGAAAAAAGAGCUGGAUAAAGUUGUGACGACAGCAAUCAAGGAAGAAACGGAAAAGGUUGCAGCUGUAAAGCAGCUGGAAGAGAGCAAAACCAAAAUCGAAAACCUUUUGGACUGGUUGGCAAAUGUUGACAGAGACUCAGGAAGGGCAGGGAUGGAACAGAAACAGGUCAUUGAACAGAAUGGCACUCAUUUUCAAGAGGGUGAUGGCAAGUCGGUGAUGGGAGAAGAGGAUGAAGUUAAUGGUAACCUGUUGGAUAUGGAUGUUGAUGGGCACGUAGUGACCACAAAGGAGAACCUGAACCAGCAGUACCAGAAGAUGAAGGCCCAGCACACGGAGCUCGUGGCCCAGCACCAGGCUGUCCUUGUGGCCACCCAGGCGGCCCAGGCCCUGCUGGAGAGGCAGGGCCACCACCUCUGCCCGGAAGAAAAGGAGAAGCUGCAGAGGAACGUCAAGGAGCUGAAGGCGCGUUAUGAAAGCGCUCUGGCUGAGUCGGAGAAGAGAAUGCGGCUGACCCACUCCCUGCAGGAGGAGCUGGAGAAGUUCGACGCCGACUACGGCGAGUUUGAGCAGUGGCUGCAGCGCUCAGAACAAGAGCUGGAGAACCUGGAAGCAGGUGCCGACGACCUCGGUGGUCUGAGGGCCAAACUGAAGAGGCAGAAGAGCUUCUCGGAAGAUGUCAUUUCGCACAAAGGAGACUUGAGGUACAUCACGAUCUCUGGGAACAGAGUGUUGGAAGCAGCCAAGUCUUGCAGCGGGAGAGAGGGAGGCGGCCGGGCUGAGCGGGGCCACCUGGACACCUCUGCCACCCACAGGGAAGUCCAGGGCAGGCUGGACCACGCCACUGACCGCUUCAGGUCCCUCUACACAAAGUGCAAUGUCCUUGGGAAUAACCUCAAAGAUCUGGUGGAUAAAUACCAACACUAUGAAGAUGCUUCGUGUGGGCUUCUCUCUGGGCUCCAGGCUUGCGAGGCCACGGCGAGCAGACACUUGUCUGAACCCAUUGCCGUGGACCCUAAAAAUCUGCAGAGGCAACUAGAAGAGAUGAAGGCUCUACAGGGACAGAUAUCAAGUCAGCAGGUGGCUGUAGAGAAACUGAAAAAAACAGCUGAAGUGUUGUUAGACGCCAGGGGAUCUUUACUUCCCGCCAAGAACGACAUCCAGAAAACACUGGGUGACAUUGUCGGAAGAUAUGAUGACCUGUCCAAGUCUGUCAGUGAACGAAACGAGAAGCUGCAGAUAACCCUGACUCGCUCUCUGAGUGUGCAGGACGGCCUGGAUGAGAUGCUGGACUGGAUGGCGGGUGUGGAGCGCUCGCUGGAAGAGAAGGGCCCCGUGCCCUUGAACUCCGCCGCUCUGCAGGACGUCAUCAGUAAAAACAUCAUGUUGGACCAGGACAUCGCGGGGCGGCAGAGCAGCAUAAAUGCCAUGAAUGAGAAAGUGAAGAGGUUCACAGAAACCACGGACCCGUCCACCGCAUCCUCGCUGCAGGCCAGGAUGAAGGACUUAGCCCUUCGCUUUUCAGAAGCAAGUCGCAAACACAAAGAAAAACUUGCUCAAAUGGAGGAACUCAAAACCAAAGUGGAGCUGUUUGAGAACCUCUCAGAAAAGCUCCAGACAUUCUUAGAAACCAAAACCCAGGCUCUUACUGAGGCAGAUGUGCCUGAGAAGGAUGUUACUGAGUUGUCUCAGUUUAUGCAGGAAUCAACUUCUGAACUGCUAGAACACAGGAAAGAUCUCGAAGUUUUGCAGAAUCUCUUGAAGGAGAUCUCCAGCCAUGGCUUGCCAGGGGAUAAAGCUCUGGUUUUUGAAAAAACAAAUAAUUUGUCAAAGAAAUUCAAGGAAAUAGAGGAUACUGUCAAAGAAAAAAAAGAAGCUGUAUCUUCUUGUCAAGAACAGAUGGAUGCCUUUCAAGUUCUGGUUAAAUCAUUAAAGUCGUGGAUAAAAGAAACCACAGAAAGAGUUCCCGUUGUGCAGCCUUCUUUUGGUGCAGAGGAUUUAGGGAAAUCUUUGGAAGAAACUAAGAAAUUACAAGAGAAGUGGAGCUUAAAAACACCAGAGAUUCAGAAAGUCAACAACAGUGGAAUCUCACUAUGUAACCUAAUAAGUGCUGUAGUGACCCCUGCAAAGGCCAUAGCAGCAGUUAAGUCAGGUGGAGUAAUAGUAAAUGGUGAAGGAACAGCCACAGAUACUCAGGAUAUUUUGGCAAAUAAAGGAUUAACAUCCAUUAAAAAGGAUAUGACUGACAUAAGCCAUGGCUAUGAAGAUCUUGGCCUCUUACUUAAAGACAAAAUAGCUGAACUGAGUACCAAACUCUCCAGAUUGCAAAAGGCUCAGGAAGAAUCAAGUGCCAUGAUGCAGUGGUUACAGACGAUGAACAAAACUGCCACGAAAUGGCAUCAGGCACCUACACCUACAGACACUGAGGCUGUGAAGAGUCAAAUUGAACAGAAUAAGUCAUUUGAGGCAGAACUGAAGCAAAAUGUAAACAAAGUGCAGGAGUUGAAAGACAAACUGAUGGAGCUGCUGGAGGAGAACCCAGACACUCCGGAGGCCCCCAAGUGGAAGCAGAUGUUGACGGAAAUAGAUUCUGAGUGGCAAGAACUCAAUCAGUUAACAGUUGACAGACGACAAAAACUGGAAGAAUCCUCAAAUAAUCUAACCCAAUUCCAGACUGUGGAGGCUCAGUUAAAACAGUGGCUUGUGGAAAAAGAACUGAUGGUCAGUGUCCUUGGGCCCUUGUCGAUUGACCCAAAUAUGCUGAACACACAAAGGCAGCAGGUGCAGAUUCUCCUACAAGAAUUUGAUACCCGGAAACCUCAGUAUGAACAGCUAACGGUGGCUGGUCAGGGCAUACUGCACAGACCUGGGGAGCACCCAUCCUUCCACGGGAUUGUGAAGGAACAGCUGACAGCUGUGACCCAAAAAUGGGACAGCCUCACGGGACAGUUGAGGGACAGAUGUGACCGGAUCGACCAGGCCAUUGUUAAAAGCACCCAGUAUCAAAGCCUGCUGAGAAGCCUUUCCGAUAAGCUGGCCGACUUGGAUAAUAAACUCAGCAGCAGUAUGGCCGGCAGCACACACCCUGACGCGAUGAACCAGCAGCUGGAAACAGCCCAGAAAAUGAAGCAGGAAAUAGAGCAGGAAAUGAAGCAGAUCAAAGUGGCCCAGGCUCUGGGAGAGGAUCUGGCAGCCCUGGUUAAAGAAGAGUACUUGAAAGCUGAACUUGGUCGGCAACUGGAAGGCAUCUUAAAAUCCUUUAAGGAUCUUGAACUAAAAGCAGAGAACCACGUCCAGCAUCUUCAGUCAGCCUGUGCCAGCUCUCAUCAAUUUCAACAAAUGUCUAGAGAUUUCCAGGCUUGGCUGGAUACCAAGAAGGAAGAACAGAACAAGUCUCCCCCGAUAUCAGCCAAAGUCGAGGUCUUGGAGUCAUUAAUGGAAGAUCAGAAAAACUUCAGGAAAACUUUGACCGCCCAGUCUCACAUUUAUGAGAAAACCAUGGCGGAAGGUGAAAACCUGUUACUAAAAACACAAGGGUCUGAGAAGGUGGCGUUACAGUUACAACUGAACACGAUUAAAACCAACUGGGAUGGAUUUCAGAAGCAGGUGAAAGAAAGAGAAGACAGGGUGAAAGAUUCACUGGAAAAAGCUCUCAAGUAUAAAGAACAUGUGGAGAUGCUCUGGCCAUGGAUAGACAGGUGUCAAAACAGCCUCAAAGAAAUGAAGUGUAGCUUGGAUCCUGCUGAGACAGAGAAAUCUCUUGCCCAGUUAAAGGAUCUGCAGAAGGAGAGGGACCAGCACUUCGGGAUGGUGGAACAGCUAAACAGUGCAGCCAGCAGCCUGCUCCGCAUCUGUGAAAUGGACAAAGAGGCGGUGGCAGAGGAGAAGGAAUCCCUGCUCCAAAAGGUGGACAUGGUCACCGAGCAAGUGCACAGGAAGAAAUUCUCUCUGGAGAACAUGGCCCAGAAGCUUAAAGAAUUUCAAGAAGUUUCCAAAGAAGCUCAGAGGCAGCUUCAGUGUGCAAAGGAACAGCUAGAUAUGCACGACUCUCUGGGGCCCCAGGCUUACAGCAGUAAGUCCCUGACUGUGUUGCAGACUCAGCAGAAAGCCCUUCAGACCUUGAAGACUCAGGUCGAUCUGGCCCAGGGGCUCGCCCGGGACCUGGUGGCAGAGGCCUCCGACUCCAAGGGCACCUCCGAGGUUCUCCUCCAAGCAGAAGCCUUAGCCCAGGAGCACAGCGCCCUCAGCCAGCAGGUGGAUGAAAAGUGCUCCUUCUUAGAAACCAAGCUUCAGGGCAUCGGCCAUUUCCAGAACACCAUCCGAGAGAUGUUUUCUCAGUUCACGGAGUUUGAUGAUGAGUUGGACAGCAUGGCCCCAGUGGGGAGAGAUGUGGAAACGCUGCAGAAGCAAAGGGAGGCUAUCAAAGCCUUCCUGGAGAAACUGGAAGCGCUCAUCGCAAGCAACACCAAUGCCAAUAAGACCUGCAAGAUGAUGCUGGCCACGGAGGAAGCCUCUCCUGACCUGGUUGGCAUCAAACGGGACCUGGAGGCUUUAAGCAAACAGUGCAACAAGCUUCGGGACCGCGCACAAGCCAGAGAAGAGCAGGUGGAAGGGACCAUCACGCGCCUCGAAGAAUUCUACAGCAAACUCAAGGAAUUUUCUACUCUACUCCAGAAGGCUGAAGAGCACGAGGAGUCUCAAGGCCCCGUCGGCAUGGAAACAGAGAUGAUUAACCAGCAGCUUGAUGUGUUCAAGGUGUUCCAAAAAGAAGAGAUUGAACCCUUGCAGGUUAAACAGCAGGAUGUGAACUGGCUGGGUCAAGGCCUCAUUCAGAGUGCCGCUAAGGGCACCAGCACCCAGGCCUUGGAGCGGGACCUGGACAAUGCCAGUGCGCGAUGGAAGACCCUCAACAAGAAGGUGGCCCAGCGAGCAGCCCAGCUGCAGGAGGCCCUGCUGCACUGCGGGAGGUUCCAGGAUGCCCUGGAGUCCCUACUCAGCUGGAUGGUGGACACCGAGGAGCUUGUGGCCAAUCAGAAGCCCCCAUCGGCUGAGUUCAAGGUGGUGAAGGCCCAGAUACAAGAGCAGAAGCUUCUCCAGAGAUUGUUGGAUGACCGCAAAUCUACUGUGGAGGUGAUCAAACGGGAAGGAGAAAAAAUUGCCGCCACAGCAGAACCUGCAGAUAAAGUGAAGAUUUUGAAACAACUGAGUCUCUUGGAUAGCAGAUGGGCGGCCUUGCUUAAUAAGGCUGAAACAAGGAAUCGCCAGUUGGAAGGUAUCUCAGUGGUAGCACAGCAGUUUCACGAAACCUUAGAACCACUGAAUGAGUGGCUGACAACCACAGAAAAGAGGCUGGCGAAUAGCGAACCCAUUGGAACCCAAGCGUCCAAGCUGGAGGAGCAAAUUGCCCAGCACAAAGCCUUAGAAGAUGACAUCAACCAUCAUAAUAAACAUUUACACCAGGCCAUUAGCAUUGGCCAGUCCUUAAAGGUUUUGAGCUCCAGGGAGGAUAAAGAUAUGGUGCAGAGUAAAUUAGACUCCUCUCAAGUGUGGUACAUUGAGAUUCAAGAGAAAAGCCACAGCAGGUCUGAGCUUCUCCAGCAGGCUCUGUGUAAUGCUAAGAUUUUUGGGGAAGAUGAAGUGGAGCUGAUGAACUGGCUGAGUGAAGUGCAUGACAAGCUGAGGAGGCUCUCGGUGCAGGAUUCCAGCCCUGAGGGGCUGUGGACACAGCAGGCUGAGCUGCGGGUUCUGCAAGAGGACAUCCUACUCAGAAAACAAAAUGUAGAUCAGGCCUUACUAAAUGGUUUAGAACUACUUAAACGAACAACAGGUGAUGAAGUUUUAAUAAUUCAAGAUAAAUUGGAAGCCAUUAAAGCGAGGUACCAAGACAUCACUAAACUGAGCACGGAUGUUGCCAAGACCCUGGAUCAGGCACUGCAGCUCGCAAGGCGACUGCACUCCACGCACGAGGGGCUGUGCACCUGGCUGGACAAGGUGGAGGUCGAGUUGCUUUCAUACGAAACGCAGGUUCUGAAGGGAGAAGCCUCCAGCCAAGCACAUGCGAGGCAAAAAGAGCUAAAGAAGGAAGCUAAGAGCAGCAAAGCCCUGCUGGACUCGCUUAACGAAGUGAGCUCUGCUCUCCUGGAGCUGGUGCCCUGGAGGGCGAGGGAAGGGCUGGAAAAAAUGGUGGCCGAGGACAACGACCGCUACCGCUUGGUGAGCGACACCAUCACACAGAAGGUGGAGGAGAUUGACGCGGCCAUCCUGAGGUCCCAGCAGUUUGACCAAGCGGCUGAUGCAGAGUUAGCUUGGAUUAGUGAAACAGACAAAAAAUUGACGUCUCUGGGUGACAUCAGGCUUGAGCAAGACCAGACCUCCGCUCAGCUGCAGGUUCAAAAGACAUUCACCAUGGAGAUUUUGCGACACAAGGAUAUUAUUGAUGAGCUUGUUAAAUCUGGACAUAAAAUCAUGAGCACAUGCAGUGAAGAGGAAAAGCAGCCGAUGAAGAAAAAACUGGACAAGGUAUUGAAGAACUAUGAUGCCAUCUGCCAGAUAAACUCAGAGAGGUAUCUGCAGUUAGAACGGGCACAGUCCCUGGUUAACCAGUUCUGGGAAACAUACGAAGAACUUUGGCCGUGGCUGACAGACGUACAGAGGAUCAUCACUCAGCUUCCUGCCCCUGCCCUGGAGUACGAAACCCUGAGGCAACAGCAGGAAGAACAUCGUCAACUGCGAGAGUUGAUAGCCGAACACAAGCCGCAUAUAGAUAAGAUGAACAAAACUGGGCCACAGUUACUGGAAUUGAGCCCGAGGGAAGGCUUUUCUAUCCAAGAGAAGUACGUGGCUGCUGACACUCUCUACAGUCAAAUUAAAGAAGAUGUCAAAAAGCGGGCUGUGGCGCUGGAUGAAGCCAUUUCUCAGUCUGCUCAGUUCCACGACAAGAUCGACCAGAUCCUGGAGAGCCUGGAGCGCGUGGUGGAGCGUCUGCGGCAGCCACCUUCCAUCUCAGCAGAGGUGGAGAAGAUCAAGGAGCAGGUCAGUGAGAAUAAGAACGUGGCGGUGGACAUGGAGAAGCUGCAGCCUCUGUACGAGACCCUCAGACAGAGGGGAGAGGAGAUGAUCGCUCGGUCCCAGGGCACUGACAAAGACAUAUCUGCCAAAGCUGUUCAGGAUAAGCUAGACCAAAUGGUUUUCAUUUGGGAGAACAUACACACACUGGUGGAAGAAAGGGAAGCCAAGCUACUGGAUGUGAUGGAAUUAGCAGAGAAGUUCUGGUGUGAUCACAUGUCACUGGUGGUUACCACUAAAGAUACUCAAGACUUCAUCAGGGAUCUGGAGGAUCCUGGGAUCGAUCCCUCGGUAGUAAAACAACAGCAGGAAGCAGCAGAGGUCAUAAGGGAGGAGAUAGACGGAUUGCAGGAAGAGCUGGAUAUGGUUAUUAACCUGGGUUCUGAACUCAUUGCCGCUUGUGGGGAACCCGACAAGCCCAUUGUUAAGAAGAGUAUAGACGAGUUAAAUUCAGCCUGGGAUUCUCUAAAUAAAGCUUGGAAAGACCGGGUGGACAGACUUGAGGAGGCAAUGCAGGCUGCUGUUCAAUACCAGGAUGGACUGCAGGCAAUAUUCGACUGGGUAGAUAUUGCAGGUGGCAAAUUGGCUUCAUUGUCUCCAAUUGGAACAGAUCUUGAAACUGUCAAGCAGCAGAUUGAGGAGCUGAAGCAAUUUAAGUCAGAGGCGUAUCAACAACAGAUAGAAAUGGAGAGACUGAACCAUCAGGCAGAGCUCCUGCUAAAGAAAGUAACAGAAGAAAGUGAUAAACACACUGUUCAGGACCCACUGAUGGAGCUGAAAUUGAUAUGGGACAGUCUGGAGGAGAGGAUCAUCAACAGACAGCACAAGCUGGAGGGCGCUCUGUUAGCACUGGGGCAGUUCCAGCACGCGCUGGACGAGUUGCUGGCGUGGCUCACGCACACCGAGGGCUUGCUCAGCGAACAGAAGCCUGUCGGAGGAGACCCCAAGGCCAUUGAAAUUGAACUCGCCAAGCAUCAUGUGCUCCAAAAUGAUGUAUUAGCACAUCAGUCCACCGUGGAAGCCGUGAAUAAAGCAGGAAAUGAUCUAAUCGAAUCAAGUGCCGGAGAAGAAGCGAGCAACCUUCAGAACAAGCUAGAGGUUUUGAAUCAACGCUGGCAAAAUGUUUUGGAAAAAACAGAACAAAGGAAGCAGCAGCUGGAUGGUGCCUUGCGCCAGGCCAAAGGGUUCCACGGCGAAAUCGAGGAUUUGCAACAGUGGCUGACCGACACGGAGCGCCAUCUGUUAGCAUCCAAGCCUCUGGGAGGUUUACCGGAAACAGCCAGGGAACAGCUUAAUGCCCACAUGGAAAUCUGUGCUGCCUUUGAUGUUAAAGAAGAAACAUAUAAGAGUCUGAUGCAGAAAGGCCAGCAGAUGCUUGCAAGAUGCCCCAAAUCUGCAGAGACAAAUAUUGACCAAGACAUAAAUAACUUGAAAGAAAAAUGGGAAUCGGUGGAAACCAAGCUCAAUGAAAGGAAAGUUAAACUGGAAGAGGCCCUCACCUUGGCAAUGGAAUUCCACAGUUCCCUCCAGGACUUCAUCAACUGGCUCACCCAGGCGGAGCAGACCCUAAACGUGGCUUCCCGGCCAAGCCUUAUCUUGGACACCGUCUUGUUUCAAAUUGAUGAACACAAGGUCUUUGCCAAUGAAGUAAAUUCUCACCGGGAGCAGAUCAUAGAACUGGACAAAACUGGAACCCACCUGAAGUAUUUCAGUCAGAAACAAGAUGUCGUUCUCAUUAAGAAUCUGCUUAUCAGUGUACAGAGCCGCUGGGAGAAGGUGGUCCAGCGCUUAGUAGAAAGAGGAAGAUCUUUGGAUGAUGCAAGGAAGAGGGCCAAGCAGUUCCAUGAAGCUUGGAGUAAGCUUAUGGAGUGGCUGGAAGAGUCAGAGAAGUCUUUGGAUUCUGAACUGGAAAUUGCCAACGACCCAGACAAAAUCAAAGCACAACUGGCACAGCAUAAGGAGUUUCAGAAAUCCCUCGGAGCCAAGCAUUCUGUCUACGACACCACCAACAGGACUGGGCGUUCUCUGAAGGAGAAGACCUCCCUGGCUGACGACAACCUGAAGCUGGAUGACAUGCUGAGUGAGCUCAGAGACAAGUGGGACACGAUCUGUGGGAAGUCGGUGGAGAGACAAAACAAAUUGGAGGAAGCCCUCUUAUUUUCUGGGCAAUUCACAGAUGCCCUGCAGGCCCUCAUUGACUGGCUGUACAGGGUUGAGCCCCAGCUGGCUGAGGACCAGCCUGUCCACGGAGACAUUGAUCUAGUGAUGAAUCUGAUCGAUAAUCACAAGGUCUUCCAGAAGGAGCUGGGGAAGAGGACCAGCAGUGUGCAGGCCCUGAAGCGCUCGGCCCGGGAGCUCAUAGAGGGCAGCCAGGAUGACUCCUCCUGGGUCAGGGUCCAGAUGCAGGAGCUGAGCACACGCUGGGAGACGGUGUGUGCACUCUCCAUAUCCAAGCAGACCCGCCUAGAAGCAGCUCUGCGCCAGGCAGAGGAGUUUCACUCGGUGGUCCACGCCCUCCUGGAGUGGCUGGCGGAAGCGGAGCAGACCCUUCGUUUCCAUGGUGUUCUCCCAGAUGAUGAGGAUGCUCUUCGGACGCUCAUUGAUCAGCAUAAAGAAUUCAUGAAGAGACUGGAAGAAAAGCGCGCUGCCCUCAACAAAGCCACCGGCAUGGGAGACACCAUCCUGGCCAUCUGCCACCCAGACUCCAUCACCACCAUCAAGCACUGGAUAACCAUCAUCCGGGCCAGAUUCGAGGAGGUACUAGCCUGGGCGAAGCAGCACCAGCAACGACUAGCCAGUGCCCUGGCAGGACUCAUCGCCAAGCAGGAGUUGCUGGAAGCCCUGCUGGCCUGGUUGCAGUGGGCUGAAACCACACUGAGCGACAGGGAUAAAGAGGUCAUCCCGCAGGAGAUUGAAGAGGUGAAAGCCCUCAUUGCAGAACACCAGACCUUCAUGGAGGAAAUGACCAGAAAACAACCUGACGUGGACAAAGUCACCAAGACCUACAAGAGGAGAGUGGCGGAGCCCUCCUUACAUUCCCACAUUCCGGUCUUGGAUAAGGGGCGAGCAGGAAGAAAACGCUUCCCAGCGUCAAGCUUCUAUCCCUCUGGAUCACAGACACAAAUCGAAACCAAGAAUCCCAGGGUCAACUUACUGGUGAGCAAGUGGCAGCAAGUCUGGCUGCUCGCCUUGGAAAGAAGGAGGAAGCUUAAUGAUGCCCUGGACAGACUGGAGGAGCUAAGGGAAUUUGCCAACUUUGAUUUCGAUGUCUGGCGCAAAAAGUACAUGCGAUGGAUGAAUCACAAGAAAUCUCGAGUGAUGGACUUCUUCAGGAGGAUCGAUAAAGAUCAGGAUGGAAAAAUAACCCGACAAGAAUUUAUUGACGGGAUUCUUUCCUCAAAGUUCCCUACCAGUCGUCUGGAGAUGAGUGCAGUUGCAGACAUCUUUGACAGAGACGGCGAUGGAUAUAUCGACUACUAUGAAUUUGUAGCCGCCCUUCACCCAAAUAAAGAUGCAUACAAACCUAUCACUGAUGCUGACAAAAUUGAAGAUGAGGUGACAAGGCAGGUAGCUAAGUGCAAAUGUGCGAAACGAUUUCAAGUUGAACAGAUUGGAGAUAACAAAUACAGGUUCUUCCUGGGAAAUCAGUUUGGAGACUCCCAGCAACUCCGGCUUGUCCGAAUCCUGCGAAGUACUGUGAUGGUUCGUGUUGGAGGUGGAUGGAUGGCCCUGGAUGAGUUCUUAGUGAAAAAUGAUCCUUGCAGGGUUCAUCAUCAUGGGAGUAAAAUGUUACGUUCGGAAUCAAACUCUUCAAUUACUACUACUCAGCCUACUAUAGCUAAAGGAAGGACGAACAUGGAGCUAAGGGAGAAGUUCAUCUUGGCGGAUGGAGCCAGUCAGGGAAUGGCUGCUUUCCGACCCCGGGGCCGGAGAUCGAGGCCCUCAUCCCGGGGAGCCUCGCCCAACCGGUCCACAUCCGUGUCCAGCCAGGCUGGCCAGGCGGCCUCCCCGCAGGUCCCUGCCACCAGCACACCCAAGAUUCUCCAUCCUUUAACACGCAAUUAUGGUAAACCCUGGUUGACAAACAGCAAGGUGUCAACUCCUUGUAAACCAGCUGAGUGCUCAGACUUCCCCAUGUCAUCUCCAGAGGGGACGCCGAUACAAGGAAGCAAGCUUCGACUUCCGGGAUAUUUAUCAGGGAAAGGCUUCCACUCCGGGGAGGACAGUGGCUUGAUCACAACCGCAGCCUCCCGAGUGCGGACACAGUUUGCUGAUCCCAAGAAGACCCACAGCCGACCAGGAAGCCGAGCUGGCAGCAAAGCUGGUAGCCGGGCCAGCAGCCGCCGAGGCAGCGAUGCAUCAGACUUUGACAUCUCGGAAAUCCAGUCCGUGUGCUCCGACGUGGAGACUGUCCCCCAAACACACAGGCCUACGCCCCGAGCCGAUUCUCGGCCGUCCGCAGCCAAGCCUUCCAAAAUCCCCACACCCCAGAGGAAAUCACCUGCCAGCAAAUUGGACAAGUCCUCCAAGAGAUAGUGCAGUUGGUUCUACCACGGUCCUUCCUAAAGCCUUUACUAUUUAAGUCUGAAAGAUGUAACAUAUGAUGUAGAGACUAUUGUGAAAUAAUGCAAGAGGUGAGUUUAAAGUUCUGCAGAUGGCCUUAUUUGUGUAUUUGUCUUUUUCUUUUAUCUGUAUAAUUUGGGUCAGAUAGUCUGGGGUUUGAGUCACAUCCUCCGUGAGGGGGGAGAGAGUUUGAUAGGCACUAACGUUUCUGCACGGAGCGUGUGGAGCACACCUGAGAUCACUAUACCUGCAGGUAAGUCCACGACUUCCCGACAGCCAGCCCUCCACUGGGAGCUAACAUGAAGGAUACCUCAUGACACCUUCUUGCUUCUCUGGAAACUCUGAAAAGCCAAAAGACACCCACAGCGAUCUAUUCCGAGACGAUCUAAGUGUAAACUGCAAGAUGGGGGGG